ACAAGUAUUUUCAAAACUUGAAAUGAAGAAAGUUGUGUUGAAAUUGGAUUUGCACGAUAACAAAUGCAGACAAAAAGCCAUGAAGAUAGCCUCUGGCCUUUCAGGGGUUGAUUCAGUUUCUUUGGACAAGGACCAAAAUUUAACAGUGACAGGAGACAUUGAUCCAGUGGUGGUAGUGAGGAAACUCAGGAAGCUGUGUCACACGGAGAUAGUUUCGGUUGGACCAGCAAAAGAGCCAGAGAAGAAGAAAGAAGAGCCCAAGAAAGAAGAGCCAAAGAAGCCGGAAGAAACUAAGAAAGAUCCCCCAAUAGAACCUUUGAUUUACCCAUAUCCAUUGGCACAUUGUCCUCCAGUGCUCGGCUAUGUUGAGGUCCUUGAGGAAGAUCCAGCUGGUUGCAUUAUCUGCUAAUCUUUUGUUCAUGGAUAUGAAAAUAAAUCAAUACAUAUCAAUAGUAAUUUUUUUAAUUUCUUUUUCUAUUAAUUAACAUUUUCAUUUUGA